AUAUAUAAGGCAAAAGAACGGUCCUCGGGCUUACUUGCUGUGUUUAGUGAGUGAAGAUGGGUGUGUUGGGAGUUUUAGCUGUUUUGGGCCUUUUUAUGGGCGCUGCACAUGCAGCUUCGCUAGGAGUUGUAUACACAGAGGGAGGAUUGGUUGAGGGGAAGAAUCAUGGAGUAGGACUCUUCCGUUACAUGGAUGUCUUUAAAGGUGUCCCAUUUGCCGCACAACCAGUCCGAUUUCAGAAACCGACUCCUCACCCGGGCUGGAAUGGCGUCUUGAAGGCCGUUGACUUUCCUAAGAGGUGCCUGCAACUAAACCUGAUUCAGAGUGGAAGCAGGGGCAGUGAGGACUGUUUGUACCUGAACAUCUGGGUCCCACAAGGCCGCUCAAUUUCAACUGGCCUUCCUGUCAUGGUUUACUUCUUUGGUGGUGGUUACCUGGUCGGUGGCUCUUCAGGCGCUAACUUCUUGGAUAACUACCUGUACAGUGGAGAGGAGAUUGCUGACCGGGGAGACGUCAUUGUGGUCACUGUAAACUAUCGUGUUGGGGCGCUCGGAUUUCUCAGUACCGGAGAUUCGGAUUUGCCAGGAAACUAUGGUCUUUGGGAUCAGCAUGCUGCUAUCGCCUGGGUGCACAGGAACAUUAAGGCUUUCGGGGGAGAUCCAAACAAUAUUACUAUUUUUGGAGAGUCUGCUGGAGCGGCCAGUGUCAGCUUUCAGAUGCUGACCCCCCACAAUAAGGGCUUGAUUCGCAGAGCUAUUUCCCAGAGUGGCGUUGCUCUGUGUCCUUGGGCUGUUAACAGAAAUCCUAGAGCCUAUGCUGAAGAGGUUGCUAAGAAAUUGGGCUGCCCAACUGACCAGAGCAUGGCAGCCUGUCUGAAAAUGAGCGACCCUGUCGAGAUAACUCUGGCUGGUACCCUUAACCUGCAAGGCUCUGCAACAAACCCCAUCGAAAACCUGGCCCUUGCUCCUGUGAUCGAUGGCGAUUUCCUCCCCGAUGAUCCCAGCACCCUUUUCAGCAACGCGGCUGAUGUUGAUUAUAUCGCCGGGGUUAAUGACAUGGACGGUCACAUUUUCACCGGCUUUGAUAUUCCUUCUGUCAACCAGCCUCUUCAACCCACACCUGUUGAGGAUGUCAAAGAUCUUCUGACUGCUUUGACAAGUGAUAAGGGUCUGGACGCUUCAGCAGCAGCUUACGACCAGUACACUGCUAACUGGGGAAGCAAGCCUAGCAAGGAUGACAUCAAAAAGACGAUCGUGAACAUCGAGACCGACUACACCUUCCUUGUGCCAACACAGACUGCUCUGUAUUUACACGCCAAACAUGCCAAGACGGGCCGUACUUAUUCCUACCUGUUCUCAGAGCCCAGCCGUAUGCCUGGAUAUCCCCUCUGGAUGGGGGCUGACCAUGCAGAUGACCUGCAGUAUGUGUUUGGAAAGCCCUUCGCCACUCCACUGGCCUAUCUUCCCAAACAUCGCAAAGUCUCCAAAUACAUGAUCGCUUACUGGACCAACUUCGCCAAGACUGGUGACCCCAACAAAGGUGAGUCAGUACCUGUAGCCUGGCCCAAGUUAACAGAUGGCCACCAGUUUCUGGAAAUCAAUCACGAUAUGGGGAGGAACUCUGUCAAGCAGAAAAUGAGAGCUCGCUACGUCCACUUCUGGAGCACAACCUACAUCAGUUUUCCCAACGUCAACUGAAAGUCUCCACAGCGCUGUCUCCUGUUUUCUGCAGUCACAUGCACAAUUAAUUAACUCUGUUCAAUAAAAUAAAUUGUCAGCAUUUUUAAGGAAA